AAGCACUUUUUUUAAACUUACCGUUGCUUUAUGGCUACAGUUUAUUGUUAUAAUCCUGCAGUAGUAACGCCGCUGAUUUGAGCAGCUCCGGUAUGACUCGGGGCGGAGGGGAGCAGCCCACAGACGCGGGACAUGGACACAAUUAUUCCACGCCUUCUUCAUGUCCUGAACACAUUGUGCGCACUCAUCCAUUCCACGCACACUCACACUGCAACUGACAAGGAUUUGCAAUGGCAAAACGCUAUGCAUAUACGUCCUGUGUUCUUCUCCUGGCAUUCACUACCCUGCCAUUGUCGCUCUCCAUGCAAGAUGACCUUAUAGUCAAUACCAGCAACGGAAAAAUCCAAGGGAAGCGCCUUUCAGUGCUCGGUGGUGAUGUUGGAGCCUAUCUUGGAAUUCCUUAUGGAAAACCACCACUGGGCAAACUGAGAUUCCGAGCUCCAGAGCCUGCAGAAAGAUGGGAUGGUGUGAAAGACACAACAAAAUAUGCAAAUUCCUGCUUCCAGGUCCCAGAUGAAGUCUUCCCAGGUUUCAGAGGUUCAGAGAUGUGGAACCCAAACACUGAAAUGAGUGAGGACUGCCUGUACCUUAAUGUGUGGACCACCUUCAACAAAACCAGUAAGAGCUCAUCACUGGCCCCCGUCCUUGUCUGGAUCUAUGGUGGUGGGUUUAGCUCGGGAACAUCCUCUCUGGACAUGUAUGAUGGCCGCUACCUGAGUAAAGCUGAAGGUGUGGUUGUGGUGUCAAUGAAUUACAGAGUUGGUGCACUUGGUUUCUUGGCUUUGCCUGACAACAACAACAUCCGGGGUAAUGCAGGUCUGUUGGACCAGCGCUUAGCCCUCCAGUGGGUAGUUAAUAAUAUUGUAGCUUUUGGAGGUGAUCCUUCAAAGGUCACGAUUUUUGGGGAGAGCGCUGGGUCAGCAUCUGUAGGCUUCCACCUCCUCUCCCCGGGCAGUCGUGGUCUUUUUCAAAGGGCUGUCAUGCAGAGUGGUUCCCCAAAUGCACCCUGGGCGAUAGUUAGCAAGACAGUCGCCAAUGAAAGGUCCAUGAUGCUGGCAACAUUACUGGGGUGCCCCACAUCUUCCCCAACCCAUCUGGACAUGUGUCUGCAGAAGUCUGAUCCAGGGACUAUAACCUCAAAGCAAUAUGAAGUUCUCAAACAGCCAUCUGUAUUAACCAAUCCCUUUCUCCCUCUUGUUGAUGGCAACUUCCUACCAGAUGAACCUGAAGUGUUGUUGCAAAGUAAUGACCUCACGAAGAAAGAAUUGUUGAUUGGAUUAAACAAGGAUGAAGGGACUUACUUUUUAGCAUACGGAAUGCCUGGAUAUCACAUUACUGGUGAGAGUCUCAUCACCAGGAAGGAGUUCAUGGAAGGAGUGAAGAUUGCAAUGGCAGACUUUGGCUCUGUUGCAAAAGAAGCAGCAAUUUUCCAGUACACAGAUUGGACCGAUCAAAAUAACAGGAUGAAAAACCGUGACUCUUUUGGAAGUCUGGUUGGAGACCAACUUUUUGUUUGUCCUGUACUGGAGUUUGCACAAAGGUACUCACAAUAUGGUGGUAAAACCCUCCUCUAUUUUUUUGACCACCGGUCCUCCAUAAAUCCUUGGCCUGAAUGGAUGGGCGCGAUGCAUGGCUUUGAGAUAGAAUUCAUCUUUGGAAUGCCACUCGAUACAAAAUUGGGAUACACAAGGACUGAAGUGAACAUGACCAAGAGAUUCCUGAAACACUGGGCCAACUUUGCAAGGACAGGCAAUCCAGGAAUUGAUGGGGCCACAUGGCCUUUGUUCACCGCUGAGCACCAGGAAUAUGUCACGCUGAAUUCUAACCUUCCUGAAACAAGAAGGAUGAUGAGAGCCAAAGAGUGUUACUUCUGGAAUAAACUGAUACCACGUAUACAGAAGAUUUCAAAUGAGCUGGUGUGUGGGGCUGCAAAUGGGAUUACACUCCACUAUCAUUGUAAAUUGCUUCUGGUUUUAUUGUUUAUCAGGUUUAUGUUUGUGUAGGGGGUAGGGUCUGUCAUCACCCGUACAGUGGUGAAGUAAGGUGAGUCCCACCCUAACAAAAAACUGCAAUGGUGUGACACUGGCCGUUGCUAUAUGCCGCUAAAAAAGCAAUAAUAUUUUUACACCUGUGUGGAUUGGCUGUUACAGCACAGCUUCUCAACUCAAGUUUUAGUUUCCAUCCAUGCAUGGGUGGAGGAGCAGAAUAAAACCAAUGAAAUUUGGUUCAAAUUACAACUAUAGCACUUUGGCAUCUUUUGAAUAAAUUUCAAUUAAUAUUUUUCAAACUGCCUUUGACUGUUGUGAGGAACAUCUGAACAAUAUGCCAGUUGGAUCAUACGGUCACACAGACACCUCUCAAGAACUACACACUGUUUUCUGGGACAUUGUGUUUUUAAAAAAAAUAUAUAGCUGUAGCUUGGAGUGAUAUUUUUGUGAGAGAUUUUUCACAUUUUUUUAUUAUAACCAAAACUAAAACAUGCUACUACUACAGUUUUAUUAUAUGAGGUUAUGAUUUUAAAUUGGCUGAAAUGCAUUUCCACAUUGUCACACAUAUGGUCUGAAUGCCUGUUUCUAUCUGAUAUUUAAAUUAUUAUAUACAUAAAAAGGGAAUAAAAAGAUCCUUAUUUUUUUUCUGAAUGCACUGAAGCAAACAUUACUCGCUUUUACUGUAUUAUAAUUUCACUGAUUUGUUGAAAUAUUGUUUAAUAAAAUAUUAUUCAACAAUCA